AACGCAAACUACUGCAAUCUACACAGAACACAGAACGGGAGAUUUAGCAUAAAGGGUUCAAAGAAGAUCGUGUCGCUACUUGGUUUUGAUAGAAAAACAGAGAAUCAACAUGUCGCAGACACUAAAACCAGAAUCAACAUCGCAAACACCACCACCUCUCUCCGCGACUCCCUCCUCCACAUCCACAUCGACAUCAUCAACCGCAACCACAAUAACGCUUUCGAACGACAGCUUACCAGAUGGUCUUCCCCGGCGCGCGAUCCCAGGACAACUCCUGUGCUCGUCGAACGAGUACACUGCCGGCCCGGGCACGUACGUCGACGCGAAGAUGACGGUGGGCAAGAACUCUGCGAUCGUGGCUUCUGUGCUUGGAAAAGUCGUCGUCACGCGGGCACUCUCCAAGGCCGAGAGUGCCGGCGAUUCCAGAAACAGCAGUAGCAGCAACGGUAGUAGUAAUGGGAUCAACAGCAACGGCAACGGCAACGGAAGUAGAGCGCCUGCGGGACCGUACACCACCCGCACGAUCUCGGUAGUCAGACCGGAGAAGGCUGCUGAUGCUGCGAACGCGGUGCCGGCCGUGGACGAUGUGGUGCUGGCGCGGGUGCUGCGGAUUAACCCUCGUAUGGCGAAUGUUGCGAUUUUAGCUGCGGGAGAUGGGAAUGCGACGGACGAGUAUGGCGGUAUUAUCAGAUCAACAGACGUCCGCCUAACCGAAAAAGACAAGGUAAAAAUGUCCUCCUCCUUCCGCCCCGGCGACAUCAUCCGCGCGCUCGUCAUCUCGCUCGGCGACGGCACAAACUACUACCUCUCGACCGCGCGCAACGACCUCGGCGUCGUGUUUGCCACGAACGAGGCAUCCGGCGAACCUAUGUACCCUGUCGACUGGCGGACGAUGAAGUGUCCUGUUACUGGGGGGACUGAGGAGAGGAAGUGUGCUAAGCCUGUGUAGCUUUCUGAAUUAUUGAAAAGGCGGGUUAAUGGGGGGUGGGAGUUUGUGUAAUUCUAGGUACAGAAGUUAUAAGAACAAUAAAAGAAUAGCUAUUUAGAUGUGUGGAUU